AGAAUUAAGUGUCCACUCUUAAAUUGUAGUUAUUUACAUUUUGUGAAACUAGAGCGAGAAAAUGCGUCGAUUGUUGAUAGCCGCGUGUCUUAUUGCCACGAUUUGUGCUUACCACAUCCAGAAACAAGAUUUUGAUGUGGUCAUAGACAAAGUGGAGUAUUCGUCUAAAGUGCCUCUCAAGUACAACUUCAGACCAGGAUCGUUGAAACCCACCGAAGAGAUUUUGGCCGAAUUGGCGAAGAAACUAGAUAAUCCAAAAGGUGGUACCGAAGCUGUUAUCAAUGAGUACGCUGAUAAGAUUUUCACAAAUUUGCGUGUAUUAAUGAUCCAUGGUGGGUUCGAUCCCAUCGAAAUGCCGGACCAACACUCAGGAUUCAAUUAUACUUUGAUCAUUACGUACCAUGGAGAGUUGGACUUGACCCAUGGAUGGUUGAGCGACAUAUCGACCAUCCAUCGAGGAGGCGAUGUCGUGGUCACUUACAGCUCCAAUUCCAAAUAUUUAGAAGUCACAGUUCCCAUCGCUUUCGAUGAUAUGCAAUUCACUUAUGACUACAGUGCGAAAAUCAUGGGUUUGGGACCCAGGGGGGGGAUUGAGGGAAAGAUCUCUGCUUUGACUUGCGAGGUCAAAAUUGGGUUUGAUGUUGACAAGAUCCACGCAAGCUUGGACGAAUUCUAUAUCACACAUUCAGGACACAUCACUUUCCAUUUCAAUGGAAACGCUCUUGUUGAUUGGCUCCUUAACUUGUUGACCGAUGUGGUCACCGUUCUUUUGAAAGAAGUCAUUUUACUGGUAGUCGAAGGUGUGGUUCGUGGAGGUUUGACAACAGCCGUUGAUGCCAUAAAUGACGCUAUUAAUGGGUUUUUGAACCCAACAACACCCAUCCCUGAGACCACCACUGCCCUUAUGUACCUUAAUUAGCUUGUAAUUGAACAAACUUAAUCACAACCAAUUUUUGUUGUUA